UUGGCGCACGCCCGUCAUCUCGUGAAAGAAAAUAGUAAACAACUUGCCAAGUAAUACUAUUCUACAAUCUUUUUCGUUACAAUCGAUUCGGGAAUAAAUAUUGAAUGUAUAGGAACGUUCUCUCCAUUAAUUUAUUUAACACUUAUGAAUAAAAUAAUAGUUCAACGUGAUUAGUUUUCGAUUUUAACCUCAAAAAGUAGUAACAUUGCAUUUAAAAAAAAAAAAUUGCUCAUCAAACAUUCAAUCAAAUUUGAUAAAAAAUAAUUAUAAUUUAAUAUGGCAUCCGCUUCAAGUACAAGUGCACGUAGUUUGUUUGUGGAGUCAAAAAUGCGCCUCGCAGACAGAGUACAAGUAAACAUAAAUAAUAUAGCAUCUCUUACUAGACAGAUUCAAAGAGGUUCAAAAAGCAGUGAAAUAUUGAUGCAGUCAGCAAGAAAUUUUGUUCAACAAGAGCACGUAUUAGAAAACGCAACAGAAAACUUGAAGAAACUAGGACUAAUAACAAAUCAUUUAGAAUUCCAAAUGGAUGCAAUUGAUCAAAAUACUGCAAAACUUGAAGAAGUUACAGAACAAGUGCGUGCAAUGCAACGUUAACAUAGAAGUUUUUACUUAGAUAAUCUAUAGUGAGUGAUCUAUAUUUUACGUGAAGAUCAUUUUUUAAAAUAAUUAUUCUUCUAUUUUUCUGUGAUAGUAAAAAUGUAUAUAUUCAUUGAUAUAUGUUUAUAGGCUUCAAUUUAUUAUACUCAUUACAAUUUA